CUUAUUUUUAAAUUAACCCCUAUAUUCAGACACUGAACCACUAUUACUGCCUGUGUGGAUUAAUCAACGUUGCCACAAUGUCGACGGAGACUCCUAAUUCCGCCGCCGCCGCCCAGCAUCGCCGCGCUCAAUUCAGGCAACCAAUCUCCGACGUAAAACGGCACCGUUCAAUCUUCGAACUACCGCCGAACUUCUUUGAUUCAUGCCGCCUCCUCGAAUCUCCAUCAGCGUCUCCACUCUACCUAGUCGAACCACUCGAAAGUCUCUCAGUCAAAACCCUAGACGACGUAUCCAUUGAUGACGAAUCCAAAAAGGAUGCGCAGAACACGGAGAGUUCGAGUAAUAAUAGGAAUAACGCGAAACAGAGGUGGUCCUGCAAUACUUGUAAAGCGGUGUUUGAGUCUCUCCAUGACCAGCGUUCUCACUUCAAAUCCGAUAUUCAUCGACUAAACAUAAAGCUAAGCAUUGCUGGGAGAGACACUAUAAAGGAGGAAGACUUUGAUGAGAUGAAAUCUGAUUCCCUAUGUAAGGAUUAUGAUUUAUCAAGUAUAUCUGGAUCAGAUGAUGAAGAUGAUGACAAAGAAUCUGGUCGGUCAAAUGAUCUGCAGCGAAGAAUAGUUGGAGAUAUUAAGAAUAAAAUAUUUUUAAAAUUGUAUGAUGGGGAGAUCCUUUCAAUGUGGAAGUGUUUACUCCUGAAUGAGUCAGAGAACAUUUUGUUUGAGAACAAGAAGACGCUUGCUGCAGAUGAUAUCAGGAAUAAGAUUCACUUGACAGAAAGUGAAGUGACUGAGAAGUUGAAAUAUCUGAUUCAUGAACCAAGGGAUAAUACCCGUUUGAGGAUCAUGUUGCUUGCAAGAGGUGGGCAUUUUGCAGGCUGUGUUUUUGAUGGUACUGCAGUUGUGGCACAUAAGACAUUCCACAGGUAUGUUAUACGAGCUAAGGCUGGAAAGAAACAGUCAUCAAAAGAUGCAAGUGGCAAGAUUGCGCACUCUGCUGGAGCAUCAAUUCGUCGGCAUAAUGAACUUGCUCUUAAAAAGGAAAUCCAAGAUUUGCUCACAUCAUGGAAGCCUUACUUUGCUGUUUCGUCCUGUAUCUUCAUAUAUGCUCCCUCUGACAACCGCCAACUGUUUUUUGAUGGAGAUGGACCAUAUUUUGUCUGUCAGCCUAAUGUUAUUAGAAAUAUUCCUUUGACUGUCCGAAGACCUACCUACAAGGAAGCUCGACGAAUAUAUGGCUUGUUGACUCAAGUAUCCUUUGAAGUAAAUGAGCGAAUUGCACCUGACUGUGAAGAUGCGUCACUAUUAAGUGCAAGUGGUCCGAGCUGCAAGUCUAAUGAGUCCAUGGAGGUUUUGAAGGAAAAUUUGGAGACUAGGGAAAUUACCAAAGCAUGUUGUAGUGUUACGCCAUCUCGCGAUGCGAUCAUAUCAAGUGACAGUGAUAGUGAUAAUGACACAAUUGGUACGUCCACUCCUUUACAUGAAGCAGCAAAGUGUGGGGACUCUGAAAAGGUUUUGGAACUUCUAGAACAGGGUAUGGAUCCUUGCCUCAAAGACGAGAGAGGGAGAACUCCGUAUGUGCUUGCAACUGAAAAAGAAGUGAGAAACACAUUUAGGCGCUUCAUGGCAUCAAAUGUUGACAAGUGGGAUUGGCAUGCUGCUAAGGUGCCUAGCGCAUUGACUAAAGAAAUGGAGGAAGCACAAGCUGCUAAACAGGCAGAGAAAGACGCUAAGAAGAAAGCUAGGGCAAAGGAGUUGAAGAAAUUGCGGAAAGCAAAGCAAAAAAAGGCUCAGGCUGAGGCUGCUCAAGUCCAAACUGCUCCAUCUGAAUCUGGGAGAGGAAUGCUUGCUGCUUCAGCUCUUAAAGGAUAUUCUCAUUCUAGUCUUUCAGCAAAAAUAUCAAAAGAGGAGGAAUUAAGGAGAGCUCAAGAUGCUGAAAGGGAAAAAAGAGCAGCUGCAGCUGAGAGAAGAUUAGCUGCUGCGGCAGCACUCAAAGCUCAAGGCACUGGCUCAGUAAGUGACAUUCUAUGUUCUUGCUGUUACGGGUCAUUGGCUGGCAAGGUUCCCUUUCACAGAUAUAAUUACAAGUAUUGCAGCAGCUCAUGCAUGCACGUGCACAAAGAGAUCCUUGAGGACGGAUAAGGAAAAUUUAUAUGUUGAACUUCAUAAUUUGAGUUCCAUCCACUCCACUUUGCUUUCUACCCCAUAUUACAGGGUGCAGGGGCCGGGAAUGAGAGAAUGGUCUUCUGUUAUGAUCCUUAGAAGAAACGCACAGCAAUCACCUCAGAGAUUACAACAGCGACAUCCCUCUUCUUAUUAUUGUUAUUAUUUUCGGGGUAGGUAGGGGUGGAGGUCCCUGAUAGGAAUAAGAAAUGAAGGAUUUUGUGAAGGAUUUUACACCUAUAGAAUGUAAAGGAGGAGCUCUUAUCACUGCGGUCACUACUCAACCUUCCCCGAGCACUUCAAGUACAAAAUGUUUUUGGAAAUAUUACCAAUUUUGUUUAUUUGGUUGGUCUGAAUGAUCCACGUCUUCGUUUUAACCUUAGAAUGUUUCGUUCCAAUAGACAUUAAUUAGUGUCCGUGUAAACGAGAACGAUACCUUCUAUUGA